UCAUAGGAGGUGGGUGGGUCCCUAAUGUAAGUGGCUAGGUGAUCAGAAGGGAAACAGAGCUGGCUGAGAGCAGGUCUGGUUGAAUGAGAACUGGCUAUGAGAAGGGAGUUGGCUGGGACUGAGAAACUACCAGAAGCAGAGCCCUUUGGGAGGGGAGGCUAUGAAACCUUAUGAUAAAAGUUUGCAUGAAUGAACAGAAGCAAUGUGGCUAUGUCUUCUGAGUGGGAUAUCUGAAAAUGCAACACACACCAACGCAGGUCUAACAUGGGAACAAGUGCCUCUCUUUUGGUUUGUCAAUCACUGUCUUCAGUUAAAAUUAAGCCAGGCACAAAUAAAGUGGCACCAGAUUUCCAGGUCACCAAGAGGAGAAACAACUUUGGUGUUCCCCUUGAGACUCUUGCACAAGAGGCAACACAAUGCCAAGUUCCUUUUGUUGUGACACAGAUGGUGGAAUACCUAGAAAUGUUUGGCCUGGAUCAUGUAGGUUUAUUUCGAAUCAGUGGCUCAGUGAACAAAAUCAAAGCAUUGAAGCAGAAGUAUGAUCAAGGUGAAAAGGUGGACCUCAUUAAUGAUGGUGACAUAGAUUCUGUUGCAAGCCUCUUUAAACUUUUCCUCAAGGAGCUUCCAGUGGCUGUUUUCCCAGACAACUUGCAUGCUAACCUUCUUAAAACCUUUGAAGGUAAUAAGAACCACAUGGCCGAGUGUACACAAUGUCUGAAAAGGUUAUUAAGCAGCUUUCCCAAGGCCCACUACAGCCUUUUCCAGUUCCUCUCUACCUUUCUGUUGAAGGUGGCAUCACACAGUGAAAUGAACCACAUGACCCUGGAAAACCUUGCCAUUGUAUUUGGGCCCACCCUUUUCCGAAUUCCUUUCAGUCCUUUGGCUCAUGAAAAACAAAUGCUUUGUAAUGCACUCCUGCUGUAUUUGCUCCAGAACCAUGAGAUGCUAUUUGCAGACUCUGACAGCCAUUUCUCACUGACACAAGCAGACAACACUGAGAAAAACAACCAAGAAGAUGCAGAAAGAACCAGUUGCAAGUUAAGCAUUCAGGAUCAUUCCUUCAACAAUACAGCUUUAGCAGAGUGUGACGAGGAUACAGAGUCUGUACAUGAAGACCAAGCAGCAAACUCCAUCCACAGAGAUGAAAACAACAAAGAAAACUAUCCCAACAACACGACAGUCUUAGAGGACAGCCAGCCAGGAUUACGAGAUAUUGAGCAGGACGUGGAACAGACAGCUCAUGACUGCACACUGCGGGUUGGAAUGGGCAACUUAAAAUUAAGAAAGCCCAAAUCCGUUGCAAAACUAGAAAAUGAGAAAAACCAUGAAGAAAGUCAGGAGAUGGAGAAUGCAUUGCCAGGAUUCUCAGAAUGUCAGGGGAAAUCAGGAAUGUCCACGAAUGACUACACCCAGAAAGUGGCUUUCAGAUGCCAGGAAACAGUUGUGAGACUUCAACCAAGAAUAGAUCAGUGCGCAUUUCUUUCACCAAAGGAACCUACUGAACAACUGCAGAAUUUAAAUGAGGAAGAAACUCCUCAGCUGCAGGCUUUCAAGGAUCCUCCAGCCCCUUCCUCAAUUCAAUCCAGUGUGCAAACUGAUGGGGCCAGUUGUGGAGAGCCUGUACCAGCCCAUAGAGACUGGCAGAGUGACGCAGACAACGGCCCAGAAGACCAUCACUCCUUAGGGACCAGUAGACUACUAUAUCAUAUUACUGAUGGAGAUAAUCCCCUUCUGUCACCACGCUGCUCAAUCUUUAGUCAAAGCCAGAGAUUUAAUUUAGACACAGAGUCGGCCCCUUCCCCACCAAGUGCUCAACCUUUCAUGAUGCCCAGAAGUUCUUCCAGGUGUAAUUGUGAGGACUGCAAAGAACCGCAGACAGUAAUGCAACUUACCAAACAUCUUCAAAGUCUCAAGAGAAAAAUCAGGAAGUUUGAAGAAAAGUUUGAACAAGAAAAAAAAUAUCGGCCUUCACAUGGUGACAAAACUUCCAAUCCUGAAGUCCUGAAAUGGAUGAAUGACUUGGCUAAAGGUCGUAAACAGCUCAAAGAGCUUAAACUCAAAAUGUCAGAAGAGCAAAAUUGUACCCCUAAAACACCCAAAAGAAUUGUGCAGCAUGAGAGCCCUGGAAUAUACAAAGAGACCAGGAAGCAAGAAGCGGCAAGUACUGAACCAAAUCCAUCCGUCGAAGAAACCAUGGAUACCAUAAUGAAGCGAUUAAAGGAGAAAAGACAACAGUUUAACCUCCCUGAAUCUAUAAAGGUAACUAAACAAGAGAGGAGUAUUAUGAAGCCUCUUUAUGACAGAUACAGAAUUAUCAAGCAACUUCUCUCAACGCCAUCGUUGAUUACAACAAUUCAGGAGGAAGAAGAUUCAGAUGAAGACCAUUCUCAAAGCAGCCAUGAAUUAUCAUCCAGUCCGGCAUCUAACCUUCCUGUAGACGACCAUCUGUGCUGCUCAGAUGAGGAGAAUGAGCCUGUAAUUGUUUCACCUCUGGAUGAAAAAAAGGCAAUCAAACAACCAGCCCUAUCUCUGUCCAAUUUACAUGAGGCCACAAUGCCUGUGCUACUUGAACAUCUCCGAGAAACAAGAGCUGACAAGAAAAGGCUUCGCAAAGCUCUGAGAGAAUUUGAGGAACAGUUCUUUAAACAAACAGGAAGGAGUCCGCAAAAGGAAGAUCGCAUACCCAUGGCUGAAGAGUACUCUGAAUAUAAGCAUACAAAAGCCAAACUCAGGCUCUUAGAGGUUCUCAUCAGUAAGCACGAUGUCUCUAAAACAAUUUGAAGUCAAUGAAAUACACAGCUAGUGUUUGCUAGCAAACAACAAAACAAACGAAAA